AUUUGGAAUGAAACGAUCCAACACUUCUGCUUUCAACCAACCAAGCGUCUAACGUUAACAGUGAAUUAGCUCCGAAUACCUUUACUUAUUCUGCACGCACAUUCCAUGCUUCUUCUGGAAAGUGUAUCGAUCUGCAUUUUCUUUAAGUUCGCAGGGCGGUUGAAAUUGCCUUAAUGGAAUUAUCGCUGAUGGCGGCACAGCAUUUUCCUGCAGUGAGUGGAGCCUUCAUGGAUUCCCCCUCUAAUGGAAACACAUCCCUCCAGACCUCUACCUCUAACCUCAGUGCCAGCUUCUCCCAGCCUGAGGAACAGGAGGAGGAAGGCAAAUUCUCCAGUGAUGCCAUCUGGCUGUGGGUGGCUGUCAUUGCAACCAUCGGCAACAUAGUGGUUGUGGGAGUGGUGUGUGCCUGUGCUUUUUAGACUCUGUAGUCUGCAAGGACACAGCCUAAAUUCACAGUUUUCUCUCUUAUCAUUCUGACCAUUAGCAUCUGAGGACAUCUUUUUAUUUUUCCAAAGAUUCCAUUUGGGGUCCAUUAUUUUAAAUGUAAAGCAUGGGAAAUUGGAAAUGGGGCGGUCUUAGUCCACCUAAUACAUUUGAUAUUUUACAUACAUAUACAUUUCAUUUUGGAUUAAACUGAAUUGGAUUUGAUUGAAACUGAAAAA